AAAAUCAUUCUUUUCUUCUCUACUCUUCCACUAAACUCAACCAAAAGAGAGAAAAAAAAAAAGGAAGUUUUUAUUUUUUAUUUUUAAUUUCCAAAUGGAAAUCGAUCCCCUUCCAAACGGCAGCGGUUCGGUGGGGACAACAAUCCCCGAAGCCGCCGCCGCCACGACAACCGCAGCCACCGCCGCAUUGAAAACAACGCCGUCCUCGAAACUGAGCCAGCUAACGGAAUCUUUGAAAUUAGAGCACCAAUUAUUGCGUGUUCCCUUUGAACAUUACAAGAAAACGAUCCGAGCAAAUCACCGAGCCGUCGAGAAAGAAGUCUCCGCCGUCAUUUCGAGCGUCGCUGACGUGGCUGACUGUAACGAACCCUCUAAAGAGGACGCCGUCUUGAAUCUCACCUCCCUUGUUUCCCGUUUGCAAGGCCUCAAACGCAAGUUGGAAGAGGGGAGUCGAACAGAGAACUUACAGGCACAAAGGUGUCGGGCUCGUCUUGAUCACUUAGAAUCAGUGGAUGCUGAGAACCUGUCUGAAUGGAAUAAUGUGCGAUUGAAGCGGAUUCUUGUGGACUACAUGUUGCGAAUGUCAUAUUAUGACACUGCAAUGAAGCUGGCAGAAAGCAGCAACAUACAGGAUCUUGUUGAUAUUGAUGUUUUCCAAGAAGCUAAGAAAGUUAUUGAUGCCCUUAGAAAUCAGGAGGUGGGUCCUGCUCUUGCCUGGUGUGUGGAUAACAAAUCACGGUUGAAGAAGUCCAAGAGCAAAUUUGAAUUCCAGUUGAGACUUCAGGAGUUCAUUGAGUUGGUACGAGCUGAAAACCAUAUGCGUGCUAUUUUGUAUGCUCGAAGGCACCUUGCAAUAUGGGGAGCAACUCAUUUGAAAGAAUUGCAGCGAGUCAUGGCAACAUUGGCCUUUAGAAGUAAUACUGGAUGUGCUAAGUACAAGGUUUUGUUUGAACCUAAGCAGUGGGACUUCCUGGUAGAUCAGUUUAAACAGGAGUUCUGCAGGUUAUAUGGCAUGACCCUGGAGCCAUUGCUGAAUAUUUACCUACAAGCAGGCUUGUCUGCUUUGAAAACUCCAUACUGUUAUGAAGAUGACUGCACCAAGGAGGACCCAUUGUCACAGGACAGCUUCCGGAAGUUGGCAUUGCCUUUGCCAUACUCCAAGCAGCACCACUCAAAGCUAGUAUGCUACAUAACCAAAGAGCUAAUGGAUACAGAGAACCCGCCGCAAGUCUUGCCUAAUGGCUAUGUCUACAGCACUAAGGCUCUCAAGGAAAUGGCUGAGAAAAACAAUGGUACUAUUACAUGUCCAAGGACGGGUCUGGUCUGCAAUUAUUCAGAGCUGGUAAAGGCUUAUAUCUCAUAAAUCUGCAUGGUCAAGACUUGUAAACGUAUUUAAGAGAAAAAUUCUUCCGGACUGUUUCCUCAAGUUGUUGAGCGAUUUCUGCACCAUCUGUGGAUACUUCGGUGCUUAUGACAUUUGAAAAUUUUCUGAUUCCAGAACUUUACAUAGCAAUUCUUCUUGUACCUUAAAAACUUGUUAGUUUUUGAAGAAUUCAGCUCUUGUGAAUAUGCAGGACAAAAAAAAAAAAGAAAAGUUCAUUUCCUAGUAAUUUUUAUUAACUUGUCUGUUUAAUUAGCAGAAAAAAAAUAUAAGCUACUGUACAUCUCUACCUUAUUAUGCAAUUGAAUAAGAACCAUUUCCUCUUAGUUGAUUAUAUA